UUUCCGUAGUCCUUGGCGGUGGUAUUGACUAAAUAUGUAUGAGUCACAGAUGUUUCGAGCUAGGAUUGCCCGACCACCCACACACUUUGACACCUCAAGCCUCACAAUGCAACGAUUGGACAAUGAAGUAGAACGAGUUUGCGCCGUUCGAUCGCCAACUCAUUUCGAACCGCGCCUUGCUGAACCAAAAGUCCCGACCCUUGCGUCAAGGCGGCCAUUAAGGCAAACCAGAUGCAGAUGAGCGCAAUGGAAUGCAAAAAUGGCGUCGCGUCAGCGGGUGUUUGUCCAACUGGCGACAAAGAGGCAGCCAAGGCAAGGGGGUUGAGUAUGAGCAAAAGCAAAUACCUGAGAGGGGUAGCUGGGUUUGGCGACAGGGAUCACACAUAAGAAAAAACGCCGGACCAGAAACUUGAUGCAGGCACUUUACGCGAGUUGCCGCGUCGCCACUCUUCCACCCCACCUCGCCCACCAUUAAUGCCUUUUCUCCUACUCAUAGUUACUUUCUAGACCUGCGGCAGUACUAAUUACUGGUACUACUACUGUACAGAGGAGAUGAGUCUAGUCGAGUCUCAUGCGACAUGCAAUGUGGGAUGGGUGUGACGCAGUCUCUUCAGGCACAAGCAUGUACGCCAUCACCCCCCUCCCGCUGCCCAGGCAACGCCCACUCUUUACGUUGCCAGUCGCCAUGUUGCGCUGGUGUGCGCAAGCAAAAGAAUAUCAAUAUCUCACUGUAAGCCAUGCGGCCCAAGUGGACAUCCUGAUUGCUUCAUUUCAGUGUCGUGCAUAGUAGUUUGUUUGCUAGUCUUGCUUCUCGAUAGCAACUGGCUGUUGAGUACAUACACAUAUCCAGACAAGUCUGUCUGCCUUGGUUCUCGGCGAUCCUCGAUCCCCUUUUUGUUCGUUCAUCCCGAUGCCUAUCUACGUAACCUGCCUGCCCUUGCCUUAACCAACCCCGGAAUAUAUUUGCUACCAGCACAGUGUGACCAAUCCACAUAGCUCAAGGAGGUACCUACCUAGGUACCUGAGCAAGGCGCCGGAACAGAUUUGGCAUAUAUUGCCUCGAUCCCACCUCGACACUGCCCAACCGCCUUCCAGGCCCUCUCGCUUUGGAACUUUUGCUUGCUUACCUAGCCUUGCUACCCUGCUUAGCCCUGGUUUCCUAAUUCCCCUGACCAGUCGCUACUUGCAGAUCUCGUUGUAAUCGAAAGCGACAAGUUCAUUGUUUGCUUCAUCCCAUUCUUCAUUAUUACCUUUUGUCCAUUACUAUUUUUUUUUCUUCAGGUGGUAUUUUCAUUUGCUGGUAGAAAACGGCUUUGUCUACCAUGGCUACCACAAACGACAAGGCAAUGUGCCGGCUUCUUUUUGCAAUGUUAAAACAGAAAAAUCUCAAGGAUAUUGAUUGGAACAAGGUCGCCGAAGACCCCGUGCUGCUUCAGCCCAUCACCAACGGCCACGCCGCAAGAAUGCGAUACAGCCGUUUCAAAGCAUCGAUGGAUCCGGAGGCCAAGCUACACAAAUCAGCUGAUAACACUGCCCGAGUGACCAAAUCCAAGAAGGAUAAAAGCGCAACCGUAAAGGGAAGGCAGCCGACCAGCCAAGAUCAUACACUAGACGAGGCUCCUAAAGGCAGCACAAAAUACACAGCGUCGCCCUUCGCCAAUGUCAAACUCGAAUCUCCUUCAUUUGCCCCAUUACCUACACCUACGACAUGCGUCGUAUAUCCCGACAGCCAAGUUAGAUUUCACAACAGGCUCAUGACACCCAGCAGCGACUUGAUGGGCAGCCCUGUGAGCGAAUUCCUCACUGCUGAGGCUUUCGACUUUUCUCCUGCCCCAGACGCUCGAUGCAGCCCUGAGCGCGAACAGCAGUCCUGGCAUAACAGCCCUACCUACCUCAACUUUGGGUUGCCUCCCAGCUUUGGCGAGCAAGCUUCUACCAUGAUCGACUCUCACAUAGUACAUAAUCCUUCGGCUGGAGAAGGAUGGGAUGACUCCCAAUACCAUACAAUCUGACGGUCAGCAGUCAAAGUCAGAUUGAGCUGGCUUCUUUUCCAGCUCUCGUCUAGAUACCUUGUGCUCCACAUUCAUAUGUUUCUCUAUCAAAAUUAGGAUGCCUCUGGCUUAGAACGAUCAUCUUUUCGUUUGGGCUUCUCUUCUCUGAUUUUUCUUCUCUGGCUUUUUUUUUGGUGGCAUGUGUAUUACCCACGUUCAUGCCCCUCUCUUUUCUUGGUUAUGUUUGUGAUGUUCAUCUUAGGUUUAUCUAGAUUCAGGUGUUCCUGGCGUUUGGGGGGGUAUUGACGAGAACUGCGCUUACUGCAUAAAAAAGACAUGUAUCAAUAUAUUCAGAUUGCUACCAUGCACUAACUGUGCGAUGAAUGAUGGAUAAGAAGUCUUCUCUAGUUUUGAAGGCUUUUUUUGGGUUAGAUCACCCUUUUGUCGUCUACCUAUGAUGAAGCUUGCGGAAAAAACAAAGUAGGGAAUUAAGAAUGCAUAAAACCAAAUUGAAGAUUAUAUCCAC